AUGUCAGCUAUUUUAAAGAGAGCUGCUAAGUAUAAGAGAGUUUCUUCUAUUCUUUGUGAAGGUGAAGCCCAUUUAAGAGAUCCCUUCACUCCCCCUCCAGUUAUCCUCAAGCCUCCUGCUCCUCGCAAGGAUAAGAAGCCUGAUGAUAUCACUGAUUUCCCUGCCCAAAAACUUAUCCCUCUUCCUGAAUCCAUUCCUUACUAGGAAGGUAAAUACAGACCUGCUAGUAUCCCUAUGGUUGCUGGUUUCUUCCCUUAUAACUGUUAUUUACAAUAAGGUAAAGUUUAUUCUUGGUGCAGUUGUGGUAUUUCUCAAUCUGGUCCUUGGUGUGAUGGUUUGUGCAACUCUGUAGUAACUAGAUGUCGUCCUGUUGUUUUCAACGUUUCUUAGAGUGGCUACUAUAAAAUCUGCAACUGUAAAUUCUCUGCCAAUGCUCCUUUCUGUAAUAAUACCCACAGAAAGAUGGUCAGAUAUCACCACUAAACUCAUAGAGGUUUCUAUGAAAUUUGGGGUGCCGCCUUAUUCGUUUUAGGAUGGGUCUAUAUGGGCUUCAAUUAUUACACAUGA